CUUCCUUCAUUUACUUCACCGUAUCCUUGAUCUAAUUGCAAUCUUGUGUUUCGCAACCAUGGCUGCUUUCAUCUUUUACGUAACACUAUUCACGUUAAUGGCGAGUACCUCUCGAGCAGACACUGCUCAAACUUCAGCAGCAGCUUUACUUUUAAGGGUGGACCAAUCAGGGAAAGGAGACUAUGAAAAGAUACAAGACGCCAUUGAUGCAGUACCAUCAAAUAAUAAAGAGGUCGUUUUCAUAUUGGUUAAUCCGGGAAUCUAUCAUGAAAAGAUUGUUGUGCCUACCGACAAGCCUUUUAUUACGUUAAGUGGCUCAAAGCCAAAUGACACUGUAAUUACUGGGAGUGACAGUGGGAAUAUAUUUGAAUCAGCUACUUUCACUGUGUUGGCUUCAGAUUUUGUUGGCCGAUAUCUCACAAUUCAGAAUACGUACGGGGCUGGAGCUAAAGCAGUGGCAUUACGAGUGUCAGGAGAUAGGGUUGCUUUCUUUGGAUGCAGAAUUCUAUCUUACCAAGAUACAUUGCUAGAUGACACCGGAAGACAUUAUUACAGCAAUUGUCACAUUGAAGGAGCCGUGGACUUCAUUUUUGGGAAUGCCGCUUCCCUUUUUGAGAGGUGUCAUUUACACACACUCUCAGAAGGAGAUGCAUCAAUUACAGCCCAACGAAGGGAGUCGCCAUCAGAAGAGACAGGGUUUACAUUCCUGGGUUGCAAGAUAACUGGGGUGAGGACUGCUGUAUUAGGAAGGCCAUGGGGCCCGUAUUCUAGAGUCAUAUUUGCCCUAACAUAUAUGUCCAAUGUCAUACUACCCCAGGGUUGGGAUGACUGGGGCGACUCAUCCAAGCAAAGCACGGUAUUCUACAGAGAAUAUAAGUGUUAUGGACCAGGAGCCAAUAAUAGGAAAAGGGUUGAAUGGUCGCAACAGUUGACGACCAAAGAGGCGGAAAUUUUCUUGACAAAGAACUUGAUUGGCGGCAAGAGCUGGAUCAGAUCUACCCCCAAACGUUUCAAGAAAGCUUCUUCUGCCAUUUCUAACAAUUCCACCACCCAUUAAUUCUUUAUCAUCCACAACAUUAAUUAAUUAUUGUUAGCCCAUGUUGUAAUAUUGAUUUCUUUAUU